GAUGAUGGUGAUGCUUGAAAGAAGCAACAAUGGGAAAUUUUGAAGUGAUGACAUCAUCACCCAUGCUCGUGUGUGUGUGUGUGUGUGUGUGUGUCCUUGGCUGACAGGGUAUAAAGUGGUCGGAGUCGGUCGGAGGGACAAAGAGGAGGAGAAUCAGAAACCUGUGCUCCACAACUCAACAACCAACAGAAGAAGAGAGAGAGAGAGCGAGCGAGGACAAGGGAGAAUGUUUUCUGUGUGGCUACUGGUGGCGUUGGCGAUGGUAGGCGUGGCCAGAGGAGCCGUCAGUGAGUGCAUGGAGCAUCCUAGCUGUCAGGACAUCAACUCUGAGAGCAGCAUGAUGGACUGUAUCCAGCUCUGUCACUCAGACCUCUCAGCUGAGACUCCCAUAAUCCCUGGCGACCUCCGACCUCCUCCUCCAUCAGACGCCGAGGCUCUGCUCCCCCUUUUAUCCUCCUCCUCUCCUCAGGCCAAGCGCUCCUACUCCAUGGAGCACUUCCGCUGGGGGAAGCCUGUCGGGAGGAAGCGCCGCCCCAUCAAAAUCUACACCUCCAACGGCGUGGAGGAGGAGUCCUCUGAGGUUUUCCCCGCAGAGAUGAGGAAGCGGGAGCUUGGCCGCAAAAUGACAGCAGAAGAUGAGGGAAAGGAGAAAAAAGAGGAGGGGCCUGAAGACAUACAUGCAAAAAAAGCCGGCGUUUACAGGAUUCAGCACUUUCGCUGGAACGCCCCGCCAGCCAGCAAACGCUAUGGAGGCUUCAUGAAGAGCUGGGACGAGCGCAGCCAAAGGCCGCUGCUCACGCUCUUCAAAAACGUCAUCAACAAAGAAAUACAGCAGCAGGAGGAGGAGUGA